CGGAAGUGACGCGAGGCGUAGCGGAAGUCCCUCCAGCCGCGGUGUUGUGCUGUGGGGAAGAGAGACGGAUUUGUAAACCCCGGAGCGAGGUUCUGCCUACCCGAGGCCGCUGCUGUGCGGAGACCCCGGGUGAAGUCACCGUCACCAUGUCUGACCAGGAGGCAAAACCUUCAACUGAGGACUUGGGGGAUAAGAAGGAAGGAGAGUACAUUAAACUCAAAGUCAUUGGACAGGAUAGCAGUGAGAUUCACUUCAAAGUGAAAAUGACGACACAUCUCAAGAAACUCAAAGAAUCAUACUGUCAAAGACAGGGCGUUCCAAUGAAUUCACUCAGGUUUCUCUUUGAAGGUCAGAGAAUUGCUGAUAAUCACACUCCAAAAGAACUGGGAAUGGAGGAAGAAGAUGUGAUUGAAGUUUAUCAGGAACAAACAGGGGGUCACUCAACGGUUUAGAUAUUCUUUUUAUUUUUUUCUUUUCCCUUAAUCCUUUUUUAUUUUUAAAAAAUAGUUCUUUUGUAAUGUGGUGUUCAAAACAGAAUUGAAAACUGGCACCCCAUCUCUUUAAGACAUCUGGUAAUUUGAAUUCUAGUGCCCAUUAUUCAUUAUUGUUUGUUUUCAUUGUGCUGAUUUUUGGUGAUCAAACCUCAGCCCCCUUCAUAUUGCCCUCUCCUUUUUAAAAAUUACAUGUGUGCACAGAGAGGCCACCUUUUCCAGGACUGUGCAUUUGCAGGCUUGUGAUAAAUAGGAUCGACUGAUUUGAGUGUUCAAUUGACUUUCCAACUGGCCCUGAAGUUCUAGCAUGUGAUUGCUUCACUCCUGGACUAUGACUUUCAGUGGGAGAUGGAAGUUUUUCAGAGAACUGAACUGUGGAAAAAUGACCUUUCCUUAACUCGAAGCUACUUUUAAUAUCUGAGGGUCUGGACCAAAAGAAGAAGAGUAUCAAGUUGGAGUCAAAAAUGACAGAGAUCGUGAGAAUAAUGACUAACUCCAAAGAUGGCUUCACUGAAGAGAAAGCAUUUUAAGGUGAAAGAGAAACCUUGUCAGAAGAUCCCAGAAAAGUUCUAACUUUCAUUAGCAGUUAAAAGUUAUUCAUGCAGAAGUGUAUACAACAGAACACUGCUCUUUUUGAUUUUAUUUGUACUUUUUGGCCUGGGAUAUGGGUUUUAAAUGGACGUUGUCUGUACCAGCUUCAUUAAAAUAAACAAAAUAUUUGUAAAAACCGUA